AUGCUAAUCAGGCUGACGUACCAGACUAAGGAUGCGUCUGCAAGCAGGAAGCGCACAGGGUUCGCGAAGAGGAUAGGACGUCCCAUGGUGCUCGCAUCUGCGCGAGCCCCUGUCUUCGAUGCUGUGGUGCUCGCAUUUGUGCGAGCCUCUGCCUUCAGAGAUCGGGUGCUCGCCUCUGCGCGAACCGUCGUUGGCUUCGCCAGCGUCGCCGGCGAUCCGACCACUGGACGCCAGGGACGCUUGGGCGCGCCGACGCUGGGGCGGGGUCGCCUAAUUUGGCGAGUGCCUGCUGCACCUCCCGAGCCCUGGUGCAAUGAAUGCCGCCGCACUUCGCACUUCGCCGCCUCCCCGGAAGCUGCCCCGAAGCCGCGGGGCCCACAGCAGAGUGUUCGAGCCGCCCCGCCAGAGGGCCCCAAGGGAGCGAUGCCUUUGUAA